CCGGCCACAAAACACCAAAUCUGGAGACCACCAACUUGUGCAUCAAGACCCAGAAGCUAAAGAUCUAGUCUCAAUAUCUCAACGAUGUCCUCCGCACAAGAUAGACUCAAGCAAGUCACGGUGCACCUUGAAAAGGCCCCCGCCACGACCCUCGAGGGCCAAGUCGCCAUCAUUACCGGCGCCAAUUCGUUGAUUGGUAUUGGCGCAGCCACUGCAAAGCUGUUUGCAGCACGCGGUGCCAAGGCUGUCUACAUCUGCGACUACGAUGGUAGUAAUCUGGAGCAAAUCAAGCAGGAACUCGAAAAGGCAUACCCGGGCACAGCUGUGAUUCCUCGUGAAUUUGACGCUGCGGAUGAAGAAGCACUCAAGGCUUGCAUCCAACACGCCGUCGACAAUUACGGCCGCUUGGAUAUCUUCUUUGCCAAUGCCGGUAUCGUCACCAUGAACUUGGUCUCGAAUGCCGAUGCGGAGGACUUCAUGAACACCAUGCGCGUCAAUGCGCUGAGUGUCUUCCUCGCCAUUCGCUAUGCUUCAGAAGCCAUGCAAGUAACUUCUGCUGAAAAGCCCGUUUCUGGUGGCAGUAUCGUUGCAACGGCCUCUGUUGCCGGUGUCCGGUCUGGUGCCGGAUCCAGUGACUACUCUGCCUCUAAAGCAGCCGUCAUCAACCUCUGCCAGACAUCUGCUUGGCAGCUUGCAGGAACGGGUAUUCGCGUCAAUGCCGUAUGUCCUGGCCUGAUCGAGUCCGGUAUGACGGCGCCUGUCUUUAGCUCAGCGCGUAGUCGUGGCACACAGGGUAAAAUUGGCCAGCUCAACCCGACUAGGCGUAAUGGUGUCAGUGCAGAGAUCGCCCAUGGCGUCUUGUUUCUGAGUAGCUUGGAGUCGAGCUACGUCAAUGGUCAAGCAUUCAUCAUUGACGGCGGUUUGUCGAGUUCCCACCCAGUCGUCCCCGGCAAGGUGGCAUAAACUAAAGCAGCUGGUAUUAGCCCAAUUUUUUAUACUAAAGUCUGUGCUAUACGUGUAAUAGAGGAGCUAGCUACCCUUCAAGUUGUGAGGCAUCCAGCCCAAUAGCAUUCAAAAACAAGUUGACAUGCGCCCGCUUCACUUCUGCCAUUUCGCGCGGCAAUAUUUUGGCACUCGAGACUUGCUCGAGCACCUUGUCCCGUGCUUCAUUGACGAGUGCAUGCUGCUGCUCAGGUGACGCACUGACUGCA